AUGGCUUCUGCUCAAGAUUCUGGACGCCAUGAUUAUUUCUCUGAAACAUCAGAUAAUAUCUUCAAUUCCGAAUUUGCAUCACAUCACCAAAAUGAAGCCACACAAACAGUACCAUCCACCUCCGAUAGCUCCACAGAUUUCGAUUCCACAUUGCUGCCUACUCGAACCAACGAAACUGCUAGGGAGAAAGAGUUCGAACCAAUAAAGGCAGGGGAUCGAGAAGAAUUGAAAAGAAUAGCUUCAGGAUUUGGAGGUUCUCAAAUAGGACGAAGUUUUACCAACAAUACAACUGGAAGUGAUGCAUUGGAAAGGCAGGAUACCUUGGCUGGGGUCAAGUUGGGGGAUUCAAUGUUGGACCCCAGCUCUCCAGAUUUUAAUGUUAAUAAAUGGACAAAAAUGAUGAUGAGAUUGACUGAUGAGAACCAAGUAAUACAAAGACGUGCUGGAAUUGUGUUCAAAGAUCUCAAAGUAUGCGGCUCUGGAUCAGCGAUUAAUGUACAGAAGAAUGUGGGUUCGCUGUUGAUGGCACCUUUACGAUUUCGAGAAUUUUUCGGAAAAGGUACAGAAAAGACUAUCUUAAACGAUUUCAAUGGUGUCCUGAAAUCAGGAGAGAUGUUGAUUGUUCUCGGAAGACCUGGUUCAGGUUGUUCCACUUUCCUCAAGGCUUUGAUGGGAGAACUUUAUGGCUUGGAUAUGAAGCCACAGUCAGAGAUCCAUUAUAAUGGCAUCACACAAAAGCAAAUGCUCAAACAAUUUCGAGGCGAAAUAGUGUAUAAUCAAGAAGUUGAUAAGCAUUUCCCUCAUUUGACUGUUGGAGAAACUUUAGAAUUCGCUGCAAGUGUGCGAACACCCCAACAAAGACUUGUCGAUGGAACAACUCGUGAGGCUUGGGCGAAGCAUAUGACCAAGGUUGUUAUGGCUGUCUUUGGACUAUCCCAUACCUACAAUACUAAAGUCGGUAACGAUUUCGUGCGAGGUGUGUCUGGAGGUGAGAGGAAACGUGUCAGUAUUGCCGAGAUGGCUUUGGCUGGAUCUCCUAUUGCUUCAUGGGAUAACUCUACUCGUGGUUUGGAUGCCGCAACUGCUCUGGAGUUCACAAAAUCUUUACGGAUGACUGCCAAUCUUUGUGGUUCAUGUCAUUUGGUUGCGAUUUAUCAGGCUAGUCAACAGAUUUAUGAAGAGUUCGAUAAGGCCGUUGUACUUUAUGAAGGUCGUCAAAUCUAUUUCGGACCAUGCGACCAAGCCAAACAAUACUUUAUAGAUAUGGGUUGGGAAUGUCCUAGCCGACAAACUACUGGUGACUUCUUGACAUCAAUCACUAAUACCUCGGAACGAAAAGUGAGACCGGGCUUCGAGAAAAAAGUUCCUAGGACUCCCGAAGAAUUUGAGAAAUACUUUAAAGAUUCGAAGAUAUUCAAGAGAAUGAUGAACGAAAUGAAAUCACACGAAGAAGAAUUCCCCAUGGGGGGCAAAACAUUGGAUCAAUUCAAAGCCAGCCGAAAAGGGAUGCAAGCAAACCACAUACGACCUGAAUCACCAUACACAGUCAGCAUGGUCAUGCAAACAAAAUACUGCGCAAAACGAGCAGUUCAACGCCUAUGGAAUGACAAAACCUCUACCGUUACCACAAUAGUAGGUCAGAUUGCCAUGGCGUUGAUCAUCGGCUCUAUCUUUUACGACACUCCGGAUAAUACAGCAAGUUUCUUCCAAAAAGGAGGUGUUCUUUUCUUUGCCGUACUAUUAAACGCCCUGAUUGCCAUAUCAGAAAUUAAUACUUUAUAUUCUCAAAGACCGAUCGUGGAAAAACAGGCAUCUUACGCAUUCUAUCAUCCUUUCACUGAAGCUUUGGCUGGUGUCGUCGUCGAUAUACCGGUAAAAUUCGCAAUCGCAACCGGUUUCAACAUCAUUAUAUACUUUCUCGCGGGUUUAAAAAGGGAAGCAGGUGCAUUCUUCAUCUUCUUUCUGUUUAAUUUUGUAGCUAUCUUGACUAUGAGUCAAAUAUACCGCAGUAUCGCAGCAGCAACGAAAUCGAUUUCUCAGGCUUUGGCUAUAGCUGGUGUAGCCACCCUGGCGAUUGUCAUUUACACCGGUUUCGUCAUCCCUAGACCACUGAUGCAUCCUUGGUUCAAAUGGAUUUCAUGGAUCAAUCCAGUUGCGUAUGCGUUUGAGGCCUUAUUCGUCAAUGAGUUACAUGGGAAACAAUUUGAUUGUUCGACUCUGGUACCGACAGGGGCUGGUUAUGUUCAAAGUGGCAACAAUUUCAUUUGUGCUGUGGCCGGUUCCGUCGUCGGCUCGACUACCGUCAGUGGUGAUGAUUAUUUGCAAGCACAGUUUCAAUAUUCCUACUCCCACAUUUGGCGUAACUUGGGCUUUUUGUUCGCAUUCAUGCUUUUCUUCUUAGCUUUCUAUCUUCUCGCAACCGAAUUCAACGCAUCUACAGACAGCAAAGCCGAAGUUCUGGUAUUUCGUCGUGGGCACAUACCAGAAGAUUUACUAGCUGCCGAGCGCGCUGCAAAGAACGAUGAAGAAGCUCAUGUAGGAACAGGGGCGGAUGCCAAGGAUGGUAACAUCCAAGGAGAUAACAAUGUUCAGGCGUUGGUACCUCAAACCGAUGUAUUCACAUGGAAAAAUGUUUGCUAUGAUAUCAAAAUCAAGAACGAACCUCGCAGACUUCUCGACAAUGUAUCCGGAUGGGUAAAGCCUGGAACUCUUACAGCCUUGAUGGGUGUUUCUGGUGCAGGAAAAACAACUUUACUUGAUGUUCUGGCACAAAGAGUUUCUAUGGGCGUAAUUACUGGUGAUAUGUUAGUUAGCGGAAGACCCCUCGACGCAUCAUUUCAGCGAAAGACCGGAUAUGUUCAACAACAAGAUUUACAUCUCGAAACUACCACUGUUAGAGAGGCUCUUCGAUUCUCAGCUAUGUUGCGUCAACCCAAAACCGUCUCUAAGAAAGAAAAAUAUGAUUUCGUUGAAGAAGUUAUCAAGAUGUUGAACAUGGAAGACUUUGCUGAAGCAGUCGUCGGUGUUCCUGGCGAGGGAUUGAACGUGGAGCAACGAAAGUUGUUGACUAUCGGUGUGGAAUUAGCUGCUAAACCUGCGCUCCUACUCUUCUUGGAUGAGCCUACUUCCGGUCUGGAUUCACAAUCUUCAUGGGCAAUCGUAUCCUUCUUAAGAAAGCUUGCCGAUAACGGCCAGGCGGUUUUGGCUACCAUCCAUCAACCUAGUGCAAUUUUGUUCCAAGAAUUCGAUCGAUUGCUAUUCUUAGCAAAAGGAGGAAAGACCGUCUACUUUGGAGGCAUUGGUCACAAUUCUGAGACUUUGCUCAACUAUUUUCAAUCACAUGGAGCGGCAAAAUGUGGAGAGGAUGAGAAUCCCGCAGAGUAUAUGUUAACAAUGGUUGGUGCUGGAGCACAGGGUAAAUCUACUCAAGAUUGGCAUCAAGUAUGGAAAGAGAGUGAUCAGGCCAAGGAUAUCCAAACAGAAAUUUCACGCAUUCAACAAGAAAUGGGCCAUCAAUCAUCUGGAGAGGAUACCGGUUCACAUAGUGAAUUUGCCAUGCCAUUCACCGUUCAACUCAUGGAAGUUAUGAAACGGGUGUUUCAACAAUAUUGGCGUACCCCCGGAUAUGUAUAUUCCAAGCUCCUCCUCGGUGUGGCAUCUGCCCUUUUCAUCGGGUUCUCAUUUUUUCACGCCGAUCCAUCUCAGCAAGGUCUCCAAGACGUUAUUUUCUCCAUUUUUAUGAUUACAACUAUCUUCACAAGUCUCGUACAGCAAAUCAUGCCUAGAUUUAUCCUUCAAAGAGAUCUCUACGAAGUUCGCGAAAGACCAUCAAAAGCUUAUAGUUGGAUAGCCUUCAUCAUUGCCAAUAUUGUUGUCGAAAUCCCAUAUCAGAUUCUACUUGGUGUCAUGGUAUUUGCAUCUUACUUCUACCCGAUUUAUACCAACGGUGGUAUCCCAGCGUCUGGUCGUCAAGGACUGAUUCUCCUCCUCUUGAUUCAAUUCUUCGUCUUCGCUAGCACUUUCGCACAUAUGCUUAUUGCUGCUCUUCCCGAUGCUGAAACUGCGGGUAAUAUCGCCACACUGAUGUUCUCACUGACCCUUACCUUUAAUGGAGUAUUUCAACCUCCACAAGCACUUCCUGGUUUCUGGAUCUUCAUGUAUCGUGUUUCGCCAUUGACUUAUCUCGUCUCAGCUAUUGCAUCCACCGGUCUUUCCGGCCGCCAAGUUGUAUGUUCCUCCAACGAACUCGCAGUCAUGCAACCACCUGCCGGUGAUACCUGCGGCGAGUAUCUUCAAUCUUACGCCACAGCAGCGGGUGGCUCAAUAUAUAACCCCGAAGCAAUGGCUGAUUGUCAAUACUGUUCCUCCACCAACGCCGAUCAAUUUCUCUCUUCUGUAGCCAUCAGCUACGACACUCGCUGGAGAGACUAUGGUAUCGUGUUUGCGUAUAUCUUUUUCAAUAUUUUUAUGGCAAUUUUGUUUUAUUAUCUGAUUAGAGUAAGAAAGAGUAGUGGAAAGACUUUCAAGGAAAAGCUGGGAUUCUUGGGAAUGUUCUUUAAGAAGGAUUCAAAGGCGAAUAAUACAAAGACAACAAAGGGGAAGAUGGAGGCGCCGUUUGCAAAGGGCGAUCAGUAG